AUAUUAUCACUUCAAAGUUAACCUGCUUCAAAAAACUAAAUUUUUAGUAAUCUACUGGAAACAUGAAGUGUACAUUGGUUUUAGUUUUGGUUCUAGUUUUAUCAAAUGAACUAGAAUCGUUACCAACUAAUUUGAUAGCAACGGAUACAUCAGCUCGCAUUGUGAAUGGUAUUGAAGUCGACAUAACAGAGGUGCCGUAUCAAGCAAUUUUACGAAGGAAAGUGAUAUCAGGUUGGGCUCACUUGUGUGGAGCUACUGUGAUCAGUACGAAGUCAUUGGUUACUGCAGCCCAUUGUACAGCAAGCUAUGAAUUAGAACCAUCAUCAUUGCGCGCAGUCGUAGGAACCUCAUAUCGCUUAUCUGGAGGUAAGACAUAUGAGUUGUCAAAGGUCAUCAUCCAUGAGUUAUAUUCCACGACGACGUUGGAAAAUGAUAUUUCGUUGGUGAUCACCACGAAGAGGAUGACGUAUAGUGCGAGUGUGCAAGCUGCUAGUAUACCAAACGCUAAUUUUAUUUUGCUAGUUGGUUCAACUGCGUUAGUUUCUGGAUAUGGAAAUAUUUCGUCUACAGGAGCGUCUUCUUCGGUGUUACUGGCAGCGCGAGUCAAAAUAGUCGAGCAAAAUACCUGCGCACGCGCAUACAUACGUAUCGCUGACAUUACGCAAGGAAUGUUAUGUGCAAGUGCUGAUAAUCCGCCUAGAGACGCCUGCCAGGGGGACUCGGGAGGUCCUCUGGUCGUCAACAACACCUUAGUCGGCGUGGUGUCCUGGGGCGAAGGCUGUGCGGAUAUGACUUACCCUGGAGUUUACACGAGGGUAUCUGAAUAUAAUUCAUGGAUUAACAAAUAUUUGGAAAAUUAAAGCUUUUAAAAUUAU